CCCAAACAGAGGAUCAAUAAGUACAUUAGGGUUUUCUCAUUCCAGCAGCUCUUCACUUUGCUCAUCCGCCAAUUCGACUACCUACCUGCCCACAGAAAGCAAAGAGGGAGAAGAAACUCGAAAUGGCGAGGAUUAAGGUUCAUGAGUUGAGGCAGAAGAACAAGACGGAGCUGCUGGCACAGCUGAAGGAUCUGAAGGCGGAGCUAGCGCUGCUGCGGGUGGCGAAGGUGACCGGUGGCGCUCCGAACAAACUUUCCAAGAUCAAGGUGGUUAGGCUGUCCAUUGCCCAGGUGCUGACCGUGAUUUCUCAGAAGCAAAAAGCCGCUCUCAGGGAAGCGUACAAGAACAAGAAGUACUUGCCUCUUGAUCUCCGCCCUAAGAAGACUCGUGCUAUCCGCCGCCGCCUUACGAAGCACCAGGCAUCUCUAAAGACAGAGAAGCAGAAAAAGAAGGAGAUGUAUUUUCCUAUGAGGAAGUAUGCCAUUAAGGUUUAAAUUUACUUGUGCUUGAAGCAAUUUUGGUACUUCAUAUUUUCUGAUCUUGAAGGGCACUGAUACUGUGUCAUGAUGAUUGUAGACUUGCAAUUAGUUAAGCUGUGCCGACUAGACUUGAAAUUCAAGUGCCAUUAUUCCGUUUUACAGACUAUAUCUAUUUUAUAUCAUAUCUCAUGCCAGAAGGAUCAUGGUUGAUCA